UCGGCGUUUUCGCACCGUCUGAAGGCAAGAACAAGGAGUGGGCACGCACAAAUCUUUCCUCAAAGGAAAUUGUAAUAAUUUCACUUUCAAAGAGAGAAAAACAAGAAGAUUGGAGAGAGGAGAAGAAAAAUGGGUUCGAAUCGGCCAUUUUUGCCUUUUUCUCGAAACCCAAAAGGCUCUGAGGAUUGAAAGUGCGCCGUCCUGUCGUUUGCUCCACGGCGAAGGGCAUUUCGUGGAAAYCCACCUCUCUAUUUGACCAGAAAUCGGUCGAAUUCAACUGGGUUUUCUCUGCUGAAGCUCAUUGCCGAAAUUCUCUUUCCUUCUCAGAUUGAGAUCUCGACUCGACCCAUUGGAAGGGGCUUCUUCUUCCAUUUCCGAGGCCACUUAACUGUGCCAUAAGCGGGUGAAGGAUUGAAGAAAUAGUGUGAUGGUUAAAGCAUACUCUCAGGAAUACACUUACAAGCACCCGUGGGAACGGGUAACUUCUGCAUCUUGGCGUAAAUUUGCCGAUCCUGAAAACAAGCGUACAUUGUCUCAUAUUCUUGAAGUCGACACAUUAAACCGAAAGGUCGACCCUGAAUCUGGGAAGUUAUAUACAACCCGUGCCAUUACCAUCCAUGCCCCUGGACCAUGGUUUGUUCGUAAAAUUGUUGGUCAGGAUAUCUGCCACUGCAUUGAGUCUUCGAUGGUAGACGCACAGUCGCAAUCCAUGCAACUCUCCACUCGGAAUAUCAGUCUCCAGAGGUUCAUAGAAGUAGUGGAGAAGAUCAGGUAUGAUCCUCACCCAGAUAAUCCGAAUGGAUGGACAAUUUGCAGACAGGAGACGAGUAUUCGAAUCAAGCCAUUGUCAGCUCUGGCAUCAAUGGCCGAAAAAGUGGAGCAACGGUGUGCGGAGAAGUUCGUGCAAAACAGUGCCAAGGGUAGAGAAGUGAUGGAGAGGAUCUGUAAGUAUCUUGAAGCUGAAUCAAGUGGAAUCACAAUCUAACUUUCACAUCCUCUUGUCGCUUACAUACCGGUUUGAGGAGAUCGGUGAGACUGUGAGCUGUUUUCAUAGCUGUUUUUAACAAAAUAAUACUCAUGGAGAAACAUUGGAGCACCAUGUCAGGAUUCUCCCCAAAUUUUGACAAGCUGAGGUUUAAAUUUAGAGCAUCAUAUUCCAUGCAGUUUCCUGUCAUCUUUCUUUUUGGUUGAUUGUUUGUAGUUUGAUUGAAGGCAAAGUAGGCUUGAUUCUGUAAGAACUUCUCAGAAACAUGCUUACAGAGUAUAUUAUUYUUCUGCUACAUUCUCUCUUUUAGCAUUUGCUAUUCUGCUGAUCUGAUGCUGAUAGUGAUGGCUGCAUUUGUUAAAAUAAAUGUGGUUUUAUACUGAA